AUGUCGUCCAACAGCCUGCCACAGGAAGGCGUUCGGUCUAAACUCCGCCGACGGUUGCAUCACUUCCUCCUGGUCCGCUUUAUUCAGCCGCCGCUUCCAUCUCUGAUUCAACCACCCAAAUCGUGCCUACACCUCAACCCGAUAUCGAGGGGGUCAUUGGCCCUUCAGACCUUUGGAGCAAUGCCCACCGUGAGGCAGUACAGAACAUGGGUCAAUAUGUGGACGUUGCCAUUCUUGAGGCAGAGAGCAUCCAACAGCUAUUCCAAAAAGCUUGAGGGAGUUGACAAAAACGCAACCGAAGAAUCCGCAUUCCGGAAGGGAACAAGAUAUUUGACCCCUAUAAAGGUUCCAUUGGAACAUUUCAAGCUGGCGUUAGACCUAACAGCGCCCUUGACUGCCUUUGAACCCGUCACUUCUACUGUUUUUGGCGUUAUGAAAGGUGUUACAGCAGCACUCGUAUCAGUCUAUCAGAAGCUUCUAGAGUUCUAUGCGUCAGCCUACGAGUUUCUGAUGCAGAGAAGGACCAGGCUAGUUUUGGCCGUGCUGUCAGAUGCCGGCACGCUACCAGCUAUCGUUAAAGACGUUCUGGAGCAAGCUGGGCAUCUCCGAGCAGUUGUGGAGAAAGUCACUUUCGAUAUUGUUCAAGAUAUCAAAGCCAUGCUUUACAACGAAAAGAGAAAUGCAUUAUACAUAUUCUCUUCCUUGAUCCUCUCACUCCUCGAACAAUGUGAAGGGUUGAAAAAGACAUUUUUCGAUUGGUAUAAGCAAGACCUGCGUACUGGAAACUUUGCGCCUUCGACCGACGUCCAUAAGUUAAUUUGGUUCUUUCAGAGGACUGUUGAAGAGCUCGAUCGGCCGCUCUUCCUACUAAUCGAUGGCUUUGAUGAGUGCGACAUUGAAUCUCAGAAGGUACUUCUGAAAUCACUACAGACUUUGUCACAAAAGACAUCGGGAUUAAAGGUUGUGCUAUCGUCGCGUCCCUGGGGGGACAUACUUAAUCAGUUGGACGAGUUUCCAAAGAUUCACAUCAGCUCUGAUGCGGAAAGAGACAAGAUCAUCGCUGAGACGACCGUCGAAAUACAACUAGCUUCUCUAGCUCCAGGCGUCAAACAGCUCGUGGUAGAGAGACUUUCGACUCUUGCGCACGGAAGUGCUAUAUGGACGAAAAUGGCAGUUGCAGCUAUUGCAGCCGAGGACAUCAAGGCACUUGGCAGCAUGGAUGAGUUUCUAGACAGUAUGCCACUACCACGAGAACUCUCGGACCUUUACACCAGACUGUUCAGUCGGUGUGCUGGGAAGGAACCGAGGGUCCAGAAUGUGGCGGCUACAGCGUUGGAAAUCCUUUGCGCAGCUCGCAGACGGCUAAGCAUCCUCGAACUCGCGUGGGCGGUUGCAAUGAGUACAGCCCCUCCAUGUGUCACGACCGUUGCUGAGCUUGCUCGACGAGUGGAUGAUCAGCGUGUCAUGUCCCUCAUUCGACCAUUCAUUUCUGGCGUCGAUUUCAACGAUCUCAAGAAACGCCAAGUCAUGGUUGUCCACCAGUCAGUAAAGGAAUUCGUCUUGAAUGGAUUGGCGUUGACACGGCCUGGGCUUCAGAAUGUGGAAAUACUCCCUGUGGGCUCGCCUAUUACAUCACGGCUGGAGAACAUCAUCCUCAAUGUCUGCGUCCGAUACCUGCUUCUCGACGAAAUCAAUGAUGCUCCUUUGUUUUCCGAUGAGCAAGUUGCUGUAGAGGAACUGCCUCAAGACGUGGAUCUAUUUAGCGACGAUAAUGGCACGGCUGCCUUUACGUCCGAUUCUUCAUGGGAGAGUUGGGAGGAGGGUAUGCCCCGGUAUGAUCCAGCGGAUCGCGGCUUUGGCGAGUUCUUCGUCUACGCAUCUUGCCACUGGAUGGAUCAUUUCGGAUCUGUUACAGAAGAACCUCUCCCGGAUCUAGCAAGUGUUGAAAGAUUGUGUCAAGCAAACUCGACUAGGUUGCAAAACUGGACCAGCCAAAGCAGUCGACCAGACUGUGUACUUCAGGCAAGAUAUGAGUUCGACGGCAGCUUAUACGAUCCCCUAAGCAUCACAUCGCUCUACGGAUCAGAAGAGGUACUAUUGAAGAUGCUUGAAACAUCCCAAUUUGACUCUCCCGAAUUCUUGCCCAACACAGCUAUGCUUGCUGUUGACCAGGUUCUUCAAUGGGGCGAUUUAAGCAGACUUCGUAUGUUGUUUUUUGGAUAUGGAACUGCACGAUAUCUUCAGAAUCUUGAUUUUUUCCGCCGGAUCACCGACUCGUGGUGCUUUUCCAGAAAAAUUUACUAUCAGAAUUGGGAUGGUGCGUUUGACAUCAUCGAUGGCAUCCCCGAUAUCUUGGUCAGGGAAGGAUGGGGCAAUGAGCUCCUCUGCAUGGCUGCCAGUCGAGGCUGCCAGCCCAUCAUUGAACGCUCGAUGAAGGUCGCCCAGCAGAGCAUUGAUCUCAGAACGGAGUUAUUCCACGGGACUCAGCGACAGUCAAAAGGCUUACGAGUCCGCCAAUCCAUUGGCCAAGCCGUCUUGGCUGGUCACGUCCGCAUGGAGUCGGCACCAGCACUCCUAGCUCUGAGCACAGCUCACCAGAAUGUGCUGUCCACAGAGGUGAGAGGUGUUGCAGAUGACGGAUCGAAUUAA